AUGUCUAGCCAGACUUCCUUUGCAACUUCUGGAACUCCGGGGACUGGCCCAAGACGACGACGUCCCACAACUUUGGCUCUCCACAUACCCCGACAGGUAGGCAUGUCUGAUUGCCCUGGCCAAUUACAGAUUCCAGGGACUGGUGGUGCUGCCGUGGUCAUCUCCGGCCAAGGAAACUGUCGCCAGGACUCAGACAAGCUUGAUGUGCCAUCCAUUGAGGCUACUGCCGCUAUACCACUCAGCUCCAGCGCUCCACCAACAGGCCAUUCUAUGGCUAAAUCUGCUCUUGCUGCAGCCGCUGCCAUAGGCGUCGGGGCCACUGCGGCCACAGUUGCUACCACUUCACAAUGCAUUGGCACUCCACUGCCUGCCACCUGCUCUCAACACUUAAUAGUUAACUUUGAGGUGAGUCUUUUAUGGUUGUCGCGUCUUUUGCAUUUGCUUACUUUGAGGACUUAUGUUAUAAGGCCAGAUAAUGGAAGAAGCCAUGUAAAGUUUCCUGCCUUCUCCUCUUGUCAGAAUCGAGAUAGUUGUCAAUUUAUUGUAGAUUAG